GGGGCAGGAGCCCACCGCGGAGCGUUAGCACUUGCUGGGCGGUGGAAGCCGGGGGACAAGCCCGGGGACAGAGGGAAUCUGCAGUCACCCCUCUGUCGGUGGAGGUCGCGGACGAGCGACGGAUAUACCCUCCGGAAUCACGCCGGAGAAGAGCCUGGGAUCCUGGUCUCAAUCGGGAGGAGGAUCGGGGGCGUCAUGGAAGCCGUCAUAAAGGUCCGGCUGGAGAUAAGGUGGCGCCAGUCCCUACAACCCAUCCUGCCACGAUAGCUCCGGGAGCAAAGAAGGACGAAGUUGCAUCGAAUUGUUCAAGCGUGGAGGCCACAACACCCCCACCUCCGUAUCCCUCUCAAGGCUUAUAUCCUUCACUGAAGUCAGUCGGGGAGGGGGGGGGAAGGUCCUUAGAGGAAUGUGGUAACAUCUCCUGCAGGGCUGAUAAGCAGGCUUCGGGGGAGGGUACGGCAUUCCAAGGAGGUACAGCUCAACCCGUGUGUUGUGAUAACGAGUGCAGCUCAGUCUGUUGCUGUAGCAACUUCCCCAACGGGGCGGACUGCACCGUCCCGCCCUGCGGUGAAUGCAGGGGCGGAGCCCCGUGGCCAACAUCCCAGGGGUCCACCCCUGAGGGGUGCAGUCCCACAGCACCCACCCCGUGGGCUCCGCCCACGCUCACUGAUUGGGCCCGGGUGAGGGAGGACUUACGAGCAGCCGACCCAGCACGGCCGCCGCUAGCCCUUCCGGUCAUAGUCAAGACAGAGGGCCCGGCGUGGGUCCCUCUAGAUUCUAAAGCAAUAACCCGCCUUUCUGAAAUUGUUAAAACAAAGGGGCUGCGUUCCCCAGUAACAAUGGCGGCGGUAGAGGCCCUCAUGGCCUCUAGCCUACUGCCGUACGAUGUGAUCAGCCUCAUGCAUGUGAUCCUUGAACCGGUUCAGUACACCCUGUGGUAUGAUGCUUGGAAUACACAGUUGCAAGCAGUGGUGGCGGCAGCCACCCGAGAUGCCCGACACCCAGCCAAUGGUCAGGGUCGAGGGGAUAGGACUACAUUAGCGCGUCUCCAGGGUGUAGCGGACGGCAUGGUGGGGUCUCCGGAAGGCCAGCUUAGGCUGUUGAGACCGGGAGAGUUAGCUGCAGUCACAACUGCGGCCCUACAGGCCCUUCGGGAGCUGGCUCGAGUUACAGAGCCUACUCUCCCGUGGGCGGAUAUCAAACAAGGUCCUUCAGAGCCUUUUGCAGAAUUUGCGAACCGCUUGAUUCGUGCAGUUGAGGGGUCCGAUCUUCCAGAGCCGGCCCAAGGUCCUGUUAUCAUUGAUUGCCUUAAGCAAAAAUCGCUCUCGGACAUACAGCAAAUUAUUAGGGCAGCCCCAGGCAACUUAACAACCCCAGGGGAACUUAUCAAAUAUGUGCUUGACCAUCAGCGCGCUACUCCAUUAACAAAUGAGGGCUUAGCCGCAGCCCUCCAGCUCGCAGUACAGGCAGCUGCACGCCCCAAGGACGGGGGAGGGAAAGGUGUCUGUUAUAAGUGCGGACAACCCGGACACUUUAGGACCAACUGUCCGAAUAAAGGUGGCUCAAAAACAGACACAGACAAAAAAUGCCAGUGGUGUGGUGGGGCGGGCCACACGGCACGUAACUGCAGGAAGAUCAAGGAAGCGAUGCAGGGAAACGGCCAAGGGAGGGCGCCUCGGGCCCAGGGCACCUUCCCAAAUCAGAGCAAUGGGCCAAGGAGAACAUGCCCACCGUGGCAUUAG